CUAAAAGUCUUCUACUGACGAUGGUAUAUAAAACAAGACAGAUCGGUCACCUGACAUUAUCUUAUCGCAAACAAUGUAAUUCAUUAGCAGAUUUGUAAUAAUGUACACAGUAACGAGAAAUAGUUUAUGUUCGCGCAUACAGAUAGUAUACACAUCUGUCGUUUAAUUUUUACAUUUCAAUAAUGUGUUCGGCUCAUUAAUUGAGACCGUCUUGCAAAUCUUAAGUCUGUACAGUGUACAAUCAUCAACAGUUUAGAGAAACCACCAGUUGCUUAUUCCACCAAACAAAAUGAAAAUAUUUACCACGCUUCUACGAAAAGUAUUGCAAACAGCUGGUACAAAACCAGUGAUACCAAAGCCUGUCCCUAAAGUGGCAGAAGGAAGUGUCUUCUUCGGAAAAUAUUUGCUAGCUACAAAUACCAUCAGUUCUGGAUUAUUAAUGAUAGCUGGUGACUUACUUGUUCAGGAAUUCGAAUACCAAAAGGGAACGCUCAAGGAGCGAUAUGACUGGAAGCGAUCUGGAAAAAUGUUUAUUGUGGGAAGCAUACAAGGCCCGUUGCAUCACUAUUUUUAUGCUUGGAUGGACAAGGCUAUUAAGGUUGUUUCUGUGGCAAAUGUGACGAAGAAAAUACUAUUGGAUCAGGUGAUACUGUCUCCAGUGAUUAUAUUAGCAUUUCUAUAUCCUGCUGGUUGGCUAAAUAAUCAAAGCACAAAGGAGUGCAACGAGGAAACGGUCGCAAAAUUUGGAAAAAUCUAUGCGAUUGACUGGUGCCUGUGGCCUCCGUCACAAUUCAUAAAUUUCUAUUAUCUGGAUCCAAAGUACCGGGUGAUUUACGUGAAUUUUGUUACGAUGAUUUACAAUGUCUUUCUGUCGUACAUUAAAUAUGAGAAAUAAAUUAAAGGAAAAAAAAACA